CAGGAAUCCCACUCGAUCCCGCCGGUGACUUGGGCUCGCUCGGAUCUGCAGGAUGUCCCCGUUCUUGGACAGCAUCGCCACCAUCGUCGGCGUCUUCCAGCAGCACGCCCGGGAAGAUGGGGACGGCUCCGGGCUCAGCCGCAGGAGGAUGAGGGAGCUCAUCCAGAGGGAAUUCGCAGAUUCCCUGGUGAAGCCACACGACCCUCAGACCAUCGAGAAGAUCCUGCAGUUCCUGGAGUGGGAUGGGGACGGGGACAUCGACUUCAACGAGUUCCUCCUCCUGGUGUUCCGGGUGGCCAAGUGCUGCUUCUGGUUCCAGCCGAGGGCCCCGUUCCUGGUGCAGAGGACAAAGCUCCCGACCGGCGGGAAAUCCCUCCGGGAGCCGGAAUUCAGGAGCAGAGGGAGCCGCCGGCAGCUCCAGGAGGAAGAGGAGGAGGAGGAGGAACGACAGACCUGGGAGAGGAAUCGUGAAGCUGAGCUGCAAGGAGACCUCAGGGUCAGGGAGGUGGAAAUCUCGGAGGAAACGAGGAGGGAUCAGCAGGAACGUCGCACGCGCAGCAGGGAGGAUGUGGAACCACGCCGGGAGCCGAUCCCUCGGGAACACCGGGAACGGAGCCAGGAGCCGUGCGAGCCGCGGGAGAGCCGGAGAAGGCGGCAGCCCCCGGAGCUGGACAGACGAGAGGGAGAGAGGAGAGACCGGGAGGGGCUCCGGGAGGAAGAACUGGCAGACGUGAGGACAGACAGGCAACGCCGAGAACCCCAACCACGGCCGGACCGGUGGAGCCGCCAGGAGCCGGGGCGUGAUGAAAGAACCCAGCGGCCACGAGGAGCAGAUGGAGAAGGUGACAACCGGCCACGGGAACCCGAAUUGCUCCGGGAAGAGAGGAGCCGCCACCGCCGGCGUGAGCUGGAACAAAGAGAGCUGGAAGGGAGAAGCUGCCGGGCGGCGGAGCUGGAAUGUCCGGAGCCCAGGCGGCCACAUCAGUCGUACCUGGAGGAACCGUUAGAGAUCAACCUCGGGGAAUGUGGGAGAGCAGAGCCAGAGGAACGCGGCUACCGACGGAGAACAAAGCGGGAACGGGAACUGGAAUCUGCGGAAAGGGAAAGGGAGAUCCGGGAGGAGCAGGAGAGGGAAGAAAGAGAUGAGCCCAGAAGAAAAGGGAGAAUGAGAGAAAGGAGGGUGGAUCAGGAACGGGAGCUGGAGCUGGAGGUGUCUGAGCGCCGCACGCGGGAAAGGGAGGAAGAAGUGGCUGCCAUCGGCCGGAGAGAGACACGGGAGAGACGAGAGCGUGAAAUUCGUGAGAUUGACGAUGAUGGGAGGAGACAGAGAGAAACUCUGAGGUACGAACGGGAGAGAGAGAUCGCAGUGGUGGCAGCUGAAGCCGAUGUCAAAGUGCGCCGUGAGAUCCGGGAACGAGGUGAGGAGCUGAGGAGGAGAGAACGCCCCUGUGAGCGUGAGGAGGAAGCAGAACCAGAGAGGAGAAUCUCCCGGGUCAGAGAGAGGGAAGAGGCCGUGAGGGAGAGGAGAACCCAUCAACAACGGGAGCUGGAGGUGUCUGAGCGCCGGACACGGGAAAGGGAGGAAGAAGUGGCUGCCAUUGGCCGGAGAGAGACACGGGAGAGACGUGAAAUUCGUGAAAUUCGUGAGAUUGAAGCUGAUGCAAGAAGACAAAGAGAUUCAGAGAGGUACGAACGGGACAGAGAGAUCGCAGUGGCAGCAGCUGAAGCCGAUGUCAAAGUGCGCCGUGAGAUCCGGGAACGAGGUGAGGAGCUGAGAAGGAGAGAACGCCCCUGUGAGCGUGAGGAGGAAGCAGAACCAGAGAGGAGAAUCUCCCGGGUCAGAGAGAGGGAAGAGGCCGUGAGGGAGAGGAGAGUUGAUCACCAGCGGGAGCUGGAGGUGGAGGGCUCUGAGCGCCAGACACGGGAAAGGAGGGAAGAAGUGGCUGCCAUCGGCCGGAGAGAGACACGGGAGAGACGAGAGCGUGAAAUUCGUGAGGCUGAAAUAGAUGCAAGGAGAGAACAAGAAGCGUAUGACAGGAGAAGAGAGAUCGCAGUGGCAGAAGCCGAUGUCAAAGUGCGCCGUGAGAUCCGGGAACGAGGUGAAGAACUUAGAAGGAGAGAACGCCCCUGUGAGCCUGAAGAAGACAGAAGAAUUUGCCCCAGAAGAGACAGGGAAGAGCCCCUGAGGGAGAGGAGAAUCGAUCAGCAACGGGAGCUGGAGGCGUCUGAGCGCCGCACACAGGAAAGGGAAGAAGAAGCGGCUGCCAUUGACCGGAGAGAGACUCGGGAGAGACGUGAAAUUCGUGAAAUUCGUGAACUUGAAGCUGAUGCAAGAAGACAAAGAGAUUCAGAGAGGUAUGAGAGGGAGAGAGAGAUUGCAGUGGCAGCAGCCGAUGUCAAAGUGCGCCGUGAGAUCCGGGAACGAAGUGAGGAGCUGAGGAGGAGAGAACGCCCCUGUGAGCGUGAGGAGGACGCAGAACCAGAGAGGAGAAUCUCCCGGGUCAGAGAGAGGGAAGAGGCCGUGAGGGAGAGGAGAAUCGAUCAGCAACGGGACCUGGAGGUGUCUGAGCGCCGCACGCGGGAAAGGGAGGAAGAAGUGGCUGCCAUUGGCCGGAGAGAGACACGGGAGAGACAAGACCGAGAAAUUCGUGAGAUUGAAGAUGAUGGGAGGAGACAGAGAGAAACUCUGAGGUACGAAAGGGACAGAGAGAUCUCAGUGGUGGCAGCUGAAGCCGACGUCAAAGUGCGCCGUGAGAUCCGGGAACGAGGUGAGGAGCUGAGGAGGAGAGAACGCCCCUGUGAGCGUGAGGAGGAAGCAGAACCAGAGAGGAGAAUCUCCCGGGUCAGAGAGAGGGAUGAGGCCGUGAGGGAGAGGAGAAUUGAUCGCCAGCGAGAGCUGGAGGUGUCUGAGCGCCGGACACGGGAAAGGGAGGAAGAAGUGGCUGCCAUCGGCCGGAGAGAGACUCGGGAGAGACGUGAGAUUCGUGAGAUUCGUGAGAUUGAAGAUGAUGGGAGAAGAGUACAAGAAGCGUAUGACAGGAGAAGAGAGAUCGCAGUGGCAGCAGCUGAAGCCGAUGUCAAAGUGCGCCGUGAGAUCCGGGAACGGGAACCACGAGAGGAGCUGAGAAGGAGAGAACGCCCCUGUGAGGGUGAAGAAGACAGAAGAAUUUGCCCCAGAAGAGACAGGGAAGAGCCCCUGAGGGAGAGGAGAAUCGAUCAGCAACGGGACCUGGAGGUGUCUGAGCGCCGGACGCGGGAAAGGGAGGAAGAAGUGGCUGCCAUUGGCCGGAGAGAGACACGGGAGAGACGAGAGCGUGGAAUUCGUGAGAUUGAAGAUGAUGGGAGGAGACAGAGAGAAACUCUGAGGUACGAAAGGGACAGAGAGAUCUCAGUGGUGGCAGCUGAAGCUGAUGUCAAAGUGCGCCGUGAGAUCCGGGAACGAGGUGAGGAGCUGAGGAGGAGAGAACGCCCCUGUGAGCGUGAGGAGGAAGCAGAAGCAGAGAGGAGAAUCUCCCGGGUCAGAGAGAGGGAAGAGGCCGUGAGGGAGAGGAGAGUUGACCGCCAGCGAGAGCUGGAGGUGUCUGAGCGCCGGACACGGGAAAGGGAGGAAGAAGUGGCUGCCAUUGGCCGAAGAGAGACUCGGGAGAGACGAGAGAGAGAAAUUCGUGAGGCUGAAAUAGAUGCAAGGAGAGAACAAGAAGCGUAUGACAGGAGAAGAGAGAUCUCAGUGGCAGCAGCUGAAGCCGAUGUCAAAGUGCGCCGUGAGAUCCGGGAACGAGGUGAAGAACUGAGAAGGAGAGAACGCCCCUGUGAGGGUGAAGAAGACAGAAGAAUUUGCCCCAGAAGAGACAGGGAAGAGCCCCUGAGGGAGAGGAGAAUCGAUCAGCAACGGGAGCUGGAGGGCUCUGAGCGCCGCACACGGGAAAGGGAGGAAGAAGUGGCUGCGAUCGGCCAGAGAGAGACACGGGAGAGACGAGAGCGAGAAAUUCGUGAGAUUGAAGAUGAUGGGAGGAGACAGAGAGAAACUCUGAGGUACGAACGGGACAGAGAGAUCGCAGUGGCAGAAGCCGAUGUCAAAGUGCGCCGUGAGAUCCGGGAACGGGAACCACGAGAGGAGCUGAGAAGGAGAGAACGCCCCUGUGAGCGUGAGGAGGAAGCAGAACCAGAGAGGAGAAUCUCCCGGGUCAGAGAGAGGGAAGAGGCUGUGACGGUGAGGAGAGUUGAUCGCCAGCGGGAGCUGGAGGUGGAGGGCUCUGAGCGCCAGACACAGGAAAGGAGGGAAGAAGUGGCUGCCAUCGGCCGGAGAGAGACCCGAGAGAGACGAGAGCGUGGAAUUCGUGAGGCUGAAAUAGAUGCAAGGAGAGAACAAGAAGCGUAUGACAGGAGAAGAGAGAUCUCAGUGGUGGCAGCUGAAGCCGAUGUCAAAGUGCGCCGUGAGAUCCAGGACCGAGGUGAGGAGCUGAGAAGGAGAGAACGCCCCUGUGAGGGUGAAGAAGACAGAAGAAUUUGCCCCAGAAGAGACAGGGAAGAGCCCCUGAGGGAGAGGAGAAUCGAUCAGCAACGGGACCUGGAGGUGUCUGAGCGCCGGACGCGGGAAAGGGAGGAAGAAGUGGCUGCCAUUGACCGGAGAGAGACACGGGAGAGACAAGAGCGAGAAAUUCGUGAGAUUGGCGAUGAUGGGAGGAGACAGAGAGAAACUCUGAGGUACGAACGGGACAGAGAGAUCGCAGUGGCAGCAGCUGAAGCCGAUGUCAAAGUGCGCCGUGAGAUCCGGGAACGAGGUGAGGAGCUGAGAAGGAGAGAAUGCCCCUGUGAGCGUGAGGAGGAAGCAGAACCAGAGAGGAGAAUCUCCCGGGUCAGAGACGGGGAAGAGGCCGUGAGGGAGAGGAGAAUCGAUCGCCAGAGGGAGCUGGAGGUGUCUGAGCGCCGCACACGGGAAAGGGAGGAAGAAGUGGCUGCCAUUGGCCGGAGAGAGACUUGGGAGAGACGAGAGCGAGAAAUUCGUGAGGCUGAAAUAGAUGCCAGGAGAGAACAAGAAGCAUAUGACAGGAGAAGACAGAUCGCAGUGGCAGAAGCCGAUGUCAAAGUGCGCCGUGAGAUCCGGGAACGAGGUGAGGAGCUGAGGAGGAGAGAACGCCCCUGUGAGCGUGAGGAGGAAGCAGAAGCAGAGAGGAGAAUCUCCCGGGUCAGAGAGAGGGAAGAGGCCGUGAGGGAGAGGAGAAUCGAUCAGGAGCGGGAGCUGGAGGUGUCAGAGCGCCGCAGCCGCCGGGCACGGGACAGGGAGGCCGAAGUGACCAUCUCUGACCAGAGCGAGGCUCGUGAGGAGAUCCGGCUGGAGGUCCUGGAGGAAGAAGAUGAGGAGGAGCUGGAGCAGGCCCAGUGCCGGUACCAGACCCUGGACGUGGACACCGGCGAUCUCUGCCCCCCGGGACAGGAGGUGCCCAUCAGUGACCUCAGGGUCCGGUACCUCCCCGCUGACCCCGACGUCCGGCCCGAGGUCCGGCUGCUCCCCGAGCCCGUGGAGCCUCAGACCGUCGCCUACCUGGUGCACGUGAUCCAGAACCUGGAGGACCCCAAAGCCGCCACCUACGAGAUCGUGUGCCACCAGCCCGGCCAGCGGGGCCAGCCCGUGCGCGUCCGGACCUGCUCCGUGUCCCCGCGGCCGCCGAGUGACCGCAGGGGCCGCCCCGAGGCGCCGCCAUCCAAAUGCCAGGAAAACACCGAGGGUCUGGAUGAGCCUCGGGAAAGAUCUGGAAAAGAGGUGAAGGACGGAGCCCUCCAGGAUUCCGCUGAGCCGGAGGCUGUGAAAGGCGAGCGGGUGAAAUCCAAGGAGAUCCGGAGGCGCCCCGAGAUCCCCGAGGUGGAGCAGGAUCAGCCCCAGGGUGAGGCAGCCCAGAAGGGCCCGCGGGAGCCCGGAUCCGGCUGCCAGCGGAGAGAGCGCGAGGACAGCGAGGCCAAGAGCUGCAUCCCCCCGGAACGUCGGGAUCCGGAGCGGAGAGACCCCGGAGAAACGCGCAGAGAGGGAAUCCAGGAGGGUCAGGAGGCUCCCGAGGAGGAACCCAGCAAGAGGAGCCCCCGGGAAUCCGGCAAUUCCCAGGUUUCUCGGGAAGGUGGCACCAAGCAGGGCCAGGAGCCCCCGCAGGAGGCCCCGAGCCGCCCCAGGGAUGAAUCCAAGACAUCCUGA